AUAAUCCUCUACUUUGCGGCCCACUGUAGUCCGUCACGGAUCAAGAGAAGAAACUCUUCUUCCACUCUUCCUCUUCACCUUCAACUUUCAAGAUCCGAAAUCCAGUUACAAUUCACUUUCAACUCUUCAAAUUUCUCCAUUUAAUCUCGAGAUCCCCCACCCUUCCCCCCCUCUCUCUCUCCAUAUCUCGAAAACCACACGUUUUCCCCUUCGUUGUGAUUGCUGUGGUGCGAUUUAUGCGCUUAACUGCACUGCAUUUUGUGGAUAGCUGCUUCUCCACGGAUCAGAUAUGCUGGCGUUGAGUCCGGUUGCCGUUUUGGCGAUUUUUCUCUCCUUUUUCGCAUCUGUGUCGCUCUCUAUUGAGAAUUUCCGUCAAGCGUUUCCUAUCAUAGAACCGGAUCCUGGCCACACAAAACUACGCCUGUCAAGAGAAGGCCUGGAAGCAAUUGAGAAAAUCACCACACCUAUAGCAGCUGUUGCUGUCAUUGGUCCAUAUCGGUCUGGGAAAUCGUUUUUACUGAAUCAGCUUCUCUCCCUAUCAUGCGAUGAAGGUUUUGGUGUUGGGCACAUGCGUGAUACUAAAACCAAAGGUAUUUGGGUGUGGGGUACUCCAGUCGAAGUGGAUAUCAAUGGAGUUACGACUUCUGUUUUCUACCUUGAUACAGAGGGUUUUGAAAGUGUAGGGAAGUCUAAUGUGUAUGAUGACAGGAUUUUUGCCCUGGCUACUGUAAUGAGUUCCGUGCUUAUAUAUAAUCUACCCGAGACGAUACGAGAGGCAGAUAUAUCUAGAUUAUCAUUUGCGGUGGAGCUUGCUGAAGAAUUUUAUGGAAGAGUCAAGGGGCAAGAUGUGGCUUUUGAACCGGCUAAGUUAUUAUGGUUAAUCCAGCGUGAUUUUCUACAAGGGAAGUCGGUGCAAGAAAUGGUUGAUGAGGCUCUGCGUCGAGUCCCUAAUGCAAAUGAGGACAAGAAUAUUGAUCAGGUCAACCAGAUUCGUGAGUCAUUGGCUGUCAUGGGUGAUAAUAGCACGGCCUUUAGCUUACCUCAGCCCCAUCUCCAGCGCACAAAGCUCUGUGAUAUGAAGGAUGAUGAACUUGAGCCUAUGUAUGUAAAGAAGAGGGAUCAGUUGAAGGAAGUCGUUUCUUCUAUAAUCCGGCCAAAGAUUGUCCAGGGUAAUACACUCAAUGGCAAGGAAUUUGUAUCUUUCCUGAAUCAGAUUCUUGAGGCACUAAAUAAAGGGGAGAUUCCAUCAACAGGCUCGCUCGUGGAGGUCUUCAAUAAGGGUAUUCUGGAGCGUUGUUUGAAACUAUAUAAUGGUCACAUGGCUGUUUUGAGUUUCCCGACAACGGAGAUGUCUCUUCAACAAACUCAUGAAGAUGCCAAAUCUGCAUCUCUUGUGGCAUUUGAUGAGCAACAUUUUGGGCAUCAUCAUGCAAAGCGCUCAGCUGAGCAGUUGGUGGAGGAGAUUGAGAAGGUGUACAAGAACUUUGUUCUAAUCAAUGAAUAUCAAUCAUCAAAGUUGUGUGAGGGUCUAUAUACUUCAUGCGAGGAAAAAAUGGAUCAACUACAAGUACUCAGACUCCCAUCUAUGGCUAAAUUUAAUGCAGGAUUCAACCAGUGCAACCAGAGUUUUGAACACGACUGUGUUGGACCAUCUAAAACCAAAUACGAGAUGCGAAUGUCAAAGAUGUUGGGGAAAGCAAAAUCUCUCUUUAUCAAGGAAUACAACCAAAGGCUCUUUAAUUGGUUGGUGGCCUUCUCACUGGUCAUGGUGGUGGUGGGUCGAUUCAUCGUGAAGUUCAUUUUGAUCGAGUUGGGAGCAUGGGUACUUUUUAUAUUCUUAGAGGUGUAUACACGAAUGUUCUGGUCCUCAGAAUCUCUUUACUACAACCCCGUGUGGCAUGGUAUUGUGAAGACUUGGGAAACUUUGGUCUACAGUCCUGUCCUCGAUUUAGACAGAUGGGCGAUUCCCCUUGUAGUCAUAGCCGGGAUACUGUUGCUUUACUGGCGGUGUUAUGGGAGGAGGAAACACGGUUCUCGUUGGAUGUUACCAGUGUAUGCCAAUCAGAAAGACGAACGAAGAUCAGAGUGAAACAUACAUAUAUGAUGGUGCAACACAGACAUCCCAUUAAUCGGCCUCAGGUGCUUUUCAUUUUUUAUAUACGAGCACUCGUGGUUUUCGUGUCCACAUACGUAUAUACACCAAUUAACCUGGAGGGGAUUCAAGGCAGAUCUGCUUGCUCUUGGAUUCUUGGUGUUGUAACAACGAAAUGUACAAAUGGUAUUUUCCUUCGAGUAUAGUUCGGAUUUUUUGAUAUGUCACUGGUUCACUUUUACGGUGUUAGAUAGCUCGUUUCGAAUGUUUAACCAUGUUGAGCCAAGAACAGCUACAGAUUUGUUGUUACAGAAAGCACAACUAUUUGUGCUUUGUAGCAGUUUGUUUGGUCAUUUUGUUUCA